AUGCAUGACUAUAUCAUAGCCAUAGACUUUGGCACUGCAUACAGUGGAUAUGCCUUCAGUAUGACAUCUAAACGGGCAGAAAUAAAUCCCUACAUGAGGAGGUGGGGUAAUGAACUCGGACUGUACACUCCAAAGACUCCAACCUGCAUUCUGUUCAAUAAAGACAAAGAAUUUAUCAAGUUUGGUUAUGAAGCUAAAAAUGCGUAUGUCAAAAUGCGAGGAGAAGAAGCAAGGAAAAGCUACUUCUUUGAAAACUUCAAGAUGGCGCUCUAUGGAAAAAAACUCAGCAGAGAUGUGGAGAUUAAAGCUGCAAACGGGAAGUCAAUGAAGGCCUUGAAGGUGUUCACUGAAGCUCUGAGAUACGUGAAGGAUGACGCUCUGAGAACCAUCGCAGAGAGCACAGAAGGGAGGAAGUUCAUAGCCUCUGACUUCACCUGGGUGCUUACUGUACCUGCCAUCUGGGAUCCUUCAGCAAAGCAGUUCAUGAGAGAAGCUGCGACUCAGGCAGGAAUCGUUAUAGGAGGAACUCAACACCACCUGAUCAUCGCACUGGAACCAGAGGCAGCCUCAGCCUGGUGUAAGAAGCUGCCAGCUGAUGGCUUCAUCUCUCAGAACCAUGAUGGACGAUCACUGGAUCAGUGUCCAGGAACACAGUUCAUAGUGGUGGACUGUGGAGGUGGAACCAUCGACAUCACAGUUCAUGAAGUCCUGGAUGGAGGAGCCCUGAAGGAGCUGCACAAGGCCUCAGGAAAUGAUUUGGGGGGACAAAGUGUGGACAGGAAAUUCAAAGAGUUCCUCAGAGAAAUCUUUAGUCAUGGUGUCUGGGAUGAAUAUGAAGAAAACUUUCCCAGUGAGGUUCAGAGGAUAAUGUAUGAGUUCACACUUUUCAAAAGAAAAGAUGAUGAUGUUCAGAUAGGGUGUCCAUUUAAUCUGGGAAGACUGGCUCAGAAAAGACAGGAAAUAGAAAGGUUCUUUGAAUCAGUGCGAGGUGCUUCCUGGGAUGAAGGAUCCAUCAAUAUCUCCAAAGAGAGACUGAGGUCUUUCUUUGCUGAGAGUCUGAAGGGCAUCACUGACAGUCUCAGAAAAAUCCUGAAGGAACAUCUACACAUCAAGUACAUUCUGUUAGUGGGGGGCUACGCUGAAAGCCAGAUUCUACGGCGACAUGUUAUUGAUCAGUUUGGUGAUCAGUGUAAAGUCCUGUGUCCUUUUAGGCCCCAGGAAGCGAUCGUGAUGGGAGCUGUGGAGUUUGGAAGAAACCCAGCAGUGGUGGCAUCUCGAAAAUCUGCCUUUACGUACGGGUUUGCAGAUUCAGACAAGUUUGAUCCGUCCAAACAUAAGAAAGAAAAGAAAUCUGUAGUCCAAGGAGAGGAACUUUGUGGAGAUAUUUUCAGAAAACUUGUGGAGAAAGGUGAAGAUGUUGGCUGGAAUGAAACCAGAGAGCUCAUCUUUAAUGUACUGGAAGCUAAAGAAUAUCACACACACGUAAGAAUCAGGUUUUAUCGCACACAAAGAAGAAAUCCUCUGUAUGUGGAUGAAGAGGGAGUGGAGGAAGUCGGUUCACUCAUUGUAAGAAUGCCCACUACACGAGGCAGGAAGCAUGAAGUCAAACUGAACAUCACAUUUGGCUCCACUGAGAUAACAGUCACAGGCACAGGGUUAGUUUAUGGGUCUAAAGAAUCAGCCAUGAUUGACUUCAUGACCAGAUCAUGAAGAUUUGUACAAACACUGAGAAACCAGCAGCUUGUGUCUCCGUGUUCGUCCUGCUAUGGACCAACAACCCUGCCUCUCAUCCAGUAACUGCAACCUAUCCCAUCACCCUACUUUGGAUAACUUUUAUGGA